AUGUCGUUCAUCAACAUAUUUUAUCUCAAGGGACGCAGAUUUAAAAAAUGUUGGACAUGGUUACUUUUGUUUCUAUCAGCGAUUUUUAUCAUACACUUUAUUUCUCCUUUAUCAUACACAAAUAGAUGCCAAACAAAACAGAGUAUAAUCAGAGACUGGAGCAUUAUAACGGUGGAUAAUGAAAAUGAAUUUCAAAGCAAUAACUUUAGUUUGAUAUCAGACUCCUUUCUGGCCUCCAGACGCCAGUUCAUGAAAGAGGAAAUUCGUCACGUGGCUUUCCUUAAGGUUCAUAAGACCGGAAGCUCUACAGUUACAAGUAUAAUUCAAAGAUUUGGAUGGGAGAGACGGUUAAAUUUUAUUCUUCCAGCAUCAAGUCCGAACCUUAUAAGUCAAAACGAAAGUAUCACAACCAACAACAUACUUCAUAUUGACAAAGACGAAACUUUCGACAUAUUGUGCAGUCAUGUGAUAUACGAUAAGAAGGCAUUUCAAAAAUAUUUACCAAAAGAUACAGUGUUCAUUGGAAUUGUGAGGGACCCUUUUGAUCAAUUUGUUUCUUCUGUUUACUACUAUAAAUACAGAUGGAACGUUCCCUACCUUGCCCGUCUUCCUAUUAGAUACCCUAUAAAAUACUUGCUAGAAAAUCCGAGUCAAUACGAGCCAAAGAUUUUGCAGAGUUCGUUUACAAAAAGCAGAAUGUCAGUGGACUUCGGAUUACCUCAGGAAUUAUUUCAUACAACUGAUAAAAACAAGAUUUUGCCUUAUCUUCGAAAGAUACACUCAGAGUUUAAACUUGUAAUGAUUAAAGAGUACUUCGACGAAUCUCUUAUUCUUCUUCGGAGAAUUUUGAAUUGGAAUAUGAUUGAUAUCCUUUACAUAAUCAAGAAUACGUCAAAGUACGUGCCACUGAGAGGCUAUCGGGACAGAUAUCUUCAUAAACAACACUCAUUUCUUGAUUAUUGUUUGUAUAACUUUUUUGUUAGAAUAUUCUGGAAGAGAGUCAGACAACAAGGAGAGGAUUUUCACGCCGAAGUUUCGUAUUUUCGACAGUUGAGAUCUGCAGUAGAAGACUUCUGUUCUGAAGUAAUGAAAAAGUCAGCUUUGCAUGCUCAGGUGUUUGAAGCAAAAGAAAACGAAUUUCACUCUUACAUUGUCAUUAAUAAGGAAUAUUGCAUUCUCUUAUCAAUGGACGAAGUAGAAUUUUCAAAUAAACUUAAAUGGCGACAGUUUCCACACCUUCGUCCAAUAGGAAAUCAAAAUAAACGCCCUAGGAAAAGAUGGUAGUAAAUACAA